ACAAAAUCAUGGUACGUAGCCAAAUAGCAACAUUGUGAUAGUGAAAACUCAGAGUCAUACUUUCGAACGCACAUUCCCAACCCUUUUGCUUCAACAUCUGAAUUCCUCUAUGAAUUACAACCUCACUGUCAAAGUGUCAAUAUAAUAUUUUUACAAGGUCAAUCAUAUCAUUUGUUGGAGGCACGACUAGUUAUUUUCAUUCACUAUAUUGUCACUAGGGACUAAAGUUGGAACAGAUCCACAAAUGCAGAUAAAUCAAACGUUGAACUUUUCUUUUGUGUUGUGGGUUCUUGACAAGUUGUGUAUCAGAGAAUGUUAAGUUGUAUUUCAUGGACCAUAAGGUCUAGUAUUUAUAUAUUGGUAUACCUAGUAGGGCAAGGAUAUAUUCGUUUUUCAAAUUUAUCUACUUAGGAAGUAUAACAUAUUCCAAUAUACCCUUCCUCAAGUUGGAGCAUAUAAGUUAGUUAUGCCCAACUUGAAAAUGAAAUUGUCAAACUCCUUGGGGCCCAAUGCUUUCUAUAAAUAUCACUAGUUGUGCUCAAGUCAACGUCCGCUUCCUCUAUAUAUAGUUUAUAGAUUUGGUUUGAAUCUGUAUCUCAAAGGGUUUCACUAAACUUUUCUCUUGUCUUGUGGGUUGUGCUCAAGAUUUGAUCCAACUACUGAAAGUUUCCUUGUUUAGUAUUUUUUUCUUUUUCUUUAUUUUUUGUUUAAACCGAAACUAAUGUCCAUGGAAGGGUCAAGUACCGGCUCUGUGAGAGGGGAACUGUUACACGGUAACUUAGACAUUUGUGUUAAGGAGGCUAAAAAUCUUCCUAACAUGGAUCGGCUCGGGAAGUUUACGAGGAACAACAAUGCAAGUGAUCCGUUCGUGACUGUCUUUAUCGCAGGUGCAAAGAUUGGCACAACUUUUGUUAUCAACAACAAUGAGAAUCCUGUGUGGAUGCAGCAUUUCUAUGUACCGGUGGCUCACCAUGCCGAGGUGGUUAAGUUUGUGUUGGAAGACAGUGACCAACUUGGAGCCAAGUUCAUAGGAGAUGUUGGAAUCCCAACCGAGGAGUUGUGUUCAGGGAAUAGGAUCGAAGGGCUGUUUCCGAUACUUAACAGUAGUGGGAAGCCAUGUAAAAAGGGUGCUGUGUUGAGUUUGUCUAUUCAAUACUCUCCAGUUGAAAUGAUGAAAGUUUACCAAAUGGGUGUUGGUAAUGAGUGCGAAGGAGUUCCCGGUACAUACUUCCCUUUGAGGAAAGGCGGUAGAGUUACUCUAUAUCAAGAUGCUCAUGUUGAAGACGGGACACUUCCGAGUGUAGAUCUCGAUGGUGGGAUGAAGUAUAUACAUGGAAAGUGCUGGGAAGAUAUGGAUUAUGCGAUUAGAAAGGCAAAGAACUUGAUUUAUAUCACAGGUUGGUCAGUUUACCAUCCGGUUAGGCUGGUUCGUCGCAAUAAUGAUCCAACCGAUGGUACAUUAGGGGAUUUGCUUAAAAAAAGAUCUAAAGAAGGUGUUAGAGUGUUGCUAUUGGUGUGGGAUGAUCCAACUUCAAGGAGCUUUCCAAAGUACAGAAAACAAGGAGUUAUGAACACAAGCGAUGAGGAGACUCGUCAUUUUUUCAAGAACUCGUCGGUGCAAGUGAUUAUUUGUCCUAGAUCAGAUGCUGAAGGUCUCCACGGCUUAGUAAAAAAAAGUGAAGUUGAAACUUACUACACACAUCAUCAAAAAACUGUGAUUGUAGAUGCUGAUGCUGGUCAGGGCCGACGAAAGAUCGUAGGAUUUGUUGGAGGGCUAGACGUGUGCAACGGACGUUUUGAUACUCCUAACCAUCCUCUCUUUACGACAUUGAAGACACUCCAUAAAGAUGACGUCCAUAACCCAAAUUUUGUGCCUAAUGCUGAAGAUGGACCAAGACAACCGUGGCAUGAUCUACACAGCAAAAUUGAUGGUCCAGGUGCAUAUGACCUGCUUACUAAUUUUGAACAACGCUGGGAAAAAGCUGUAAAAAAACAACACAAAAUUUGGAAACAUCGGUCGUGUUCUGAUGAUGCUUUGCUUAAGAUUAACAUGAUACCUGAAAUCAUGGGACUAUCAGAAGCUUCUUCUACUAAUGAUAGUGAUCCAGAGUCUUGGCAUGUUCAGGUUUUCCGUUCAAUUGAUUCAACCUCAGUAAAAGGAUUUCCAAAGGACCCAAAGGAGGGUACUGGAAGAAAUCUUCGAUGUGGGAAGAAUAUACUCGUAGACAUGAGCAUACACACGGCUUAUGUUAAGGCCAUAAGAUCUGCUCAGCAUUUCAUUUACAUUGAAAACCAAUAUUUUUUUGGAUCAUCAUUCAACUGGUGUUCACAUAAGGACCUCGGUGCUAAUAAUCUAAUCCCUAUGGAAAUCGCGCUUAAGAUUGCUAGUAAGAUUAGAGCUAGGGAGAAGUUUGCUGCUUAUAUCGUCAUUCCAAUGUGGCCAGAAGGUGAUCCAACAGGUAUGUUUAUGCAGGGCAUUCUAUAUUGGCAGUAUAAAACCAUGCAAAUGAUGUAUCAAACUAUAUAUAAGGCACUUGUGGAAGCUGAACUUGAUGGUCAGUAUGAGCCACAAGACUAUUUGAACUUCUUCUGUCUUGGAACCCGAGAGGCUUCUGAUGAAACAGUUAGCAAAUAUAGUUCUCGGAAUCAACCUAAGAAAAUUGCAAAGCCAAAUGCCGCACAGGUGCAAGCUUUGAAGAGUCGAAGAUUCAUGAUAUAUGUGCAUUCCAAAGGUAUGGUAGUGGACGAUGAGUUUGUCUUAAUUGGUUCUGCGAAUAUCAACAAAAGAUCCUUGGAAGGAACUAGAGACACUGAAAUCGCCAUGGGAGGGUAUCAACUACACCAUUCAUGGGCUAAGAAAGGCUCUCGUCCUCGUGGUCAGAUCUAUGGAUACAGAAUGUCGCUGUGGGCAGAGCAUCUAGGCUUUCUGGAGCAGGGUUUCGAGGAGCCAGAGAACAUGGAAUGCGUGAGACGAGUUAGGCAUUUGAGUGAGCUCAACUGGAGACAGUAUGCAGCAGAGGAAGUCACAGUGAUGACAAGUCAUCUUCUAAAGUAUCCAGUUCAAGUCGAUAGAACAGGCAAAGUAAGUUCUCUUCCUGGAUGCAAGACAUUCCCCGAUGUCGGUGGCAAGAUCAUAGGGCAUGUUUUAUGGGCUGGAACGAAACCUCGUCAUCUGGAAGUUACCUUGUAGUGCCAACAUCUGUUCUAUAUUUCUCCCUUUUCAAGAAACCUCUUGAGUGUGAUCUGAAUAAAAGUGUACUUAAAGAGUCGAAUUGUGGUUUCUAAAUCUGUGAGCUGUAAAUUGUAUUCA